CAAUUUUGUAAUUAGUCUCGAAACAGUGGGCAUUUUCCUUUUCUCCCCCAGGUUUCAAUCCAAAUGCAUUUCCUCUCUCUCCUCUCUCUCUCUAAAAUCCCCUCUAUUUUUAUCUGCACAUUUUUCCAGGAAUCUCUUGUCCAAGAUUUUCCAUUUUCUUUCUUUUGGAGUUUUAUCUUCUGUUUUCUUUCUCCUUCAAUCCGCUGUGAGCUUCCAUUGCUUUAAGCAAAUUCAUACCUCUUCUUUGCAAUUUUUUCCCUUUUUGAUGUGAUAAUGUUUCUCUCUCUAAACGCCUUUUCUGUAUCACUUUUCCCUGAUACGCAUCUGAAUAACAGGGCUUUUCCUCCAUUAAAUCUGAGCAAAGAGCUCUUUCCCUCUCUUGAUAAUACUAGCUUCAAAAAGUUGCAGGGACUUUUGAUUCAGAGCAAAGGAGAGAGAAGGAGAGCAGAGGUUCAGGCUUCUUUGCUGGAACAACCAGUUCUGUGGGCCGGCCGAAUGUGUGUUUUCUAUGCUCUGUUGAAGGUUGGAUUAGCUGGACCUCAGUCCAAUCCAUUGAUCUCAGAAUCUGGGAAUGAUUUGGGCUUUUCCAAGUGGCUUGAAAACUUCCAGGGAAAAGCAGAUGAAGAGAGAGAAGCAAGUGACAGAAGAAAAUUGGUGAGCAAAUGGCAUCCAACAACAAAAGGAACUCUGAAAAGGAGUUACAGAGUUCCAUCUAAAACAGUGGGGAAGCGCCUGCUUAAAGCCAUUGCUUCAUUGCUUUCAGAUGAUGACCAUUUCAGAGAUGCCACCUCUCAUAAGGGAUGUCAGAUAAGGAGGGAGAGUGCACAUGGGGAGAGUGUGUGCUGCAAUAAUGUGAGGGCUUUGUUUGAUGAGCUUCCAACUCCACAUUUGGUUGUGGAAAUCACUGCAUUUCCUGCUGGCCCUCUCACUGAUAAAGAUUAUGCCAAAGCUGAGAAACUAGAAAGGGUGCUCAGAUCUGGUGCAUCCAUUUGAUAAACCUUUAGAUACCUCCUUUGUGUAUAUUAUCUUGCUAUACCAUUCAUGUUCAUAUUAACGGAUCUCUCUCCAACUUUUUAGUGAUCUCUCUCUCUCCCCGCCCCCGAUGUGCGCCGUUCGGGAGAGAGAGAUCUAAAUUCUAAAUUUUGGGUUCAGGAAAGUUGGCCAAGGUUUAUGUUUGAGAAAUUUAUCAAAUUACUCAUGA